AUGUCGAACAACGUCGACUUUCUCGGCCGCGCGGUCAAUACGGUCAAGCAGGCCAUUGAGGCCGACAAUGCUGGCGAAUACGAGAAGGCCUUCAACCUGUACAAGCAGUCCCUCGAGGUCUUCGUCCUCGCCAUCAAGUACGAGAAGAAUGCAAAGUCUAAGGACCUCAUCCGCGCCAAGACCGCCGAGUACAUGGACCGCGCCGAAAAGCUGAAAAAUCACCUCAACGAAGCGGAAGCCAAAAAAGCAUCAGGGGGCAAAGGCGCCGUUGGCGCCAAUGGCAAGGGCAAGGAGGACAAGGACGGCGAGGAUGGCGAGGACAAGAAGCUGAAGAACGCGUUGAGCGGCGCCAUCCUCCAAGAGCGCCCCAAUGUGCGCUGGGAGGACGUCGCCGGCCUGGAGGCAGCGAAGGAGACUCUCAAGGAGGCCGUCGUCAUACCGAUCCGCUUCCCCAGUUUGUUCCAGGGUAAGAGGCAGCCGUGGAAAGGUAUCCUGCUGUACGGGCCACCAGGAACCGGUAAGAGUUAUUUGGCCAAGGCGGUUGCGACGGAGGCGAACAGUACCUUCUUCAGUGUCAGCAGUUCUGAUCUCAUCAGUAAAUGGAUGGGUGAGAGUGAAAGGCUUGUCAAGACCCUCUUCGCCAUGGCUCGUGAGAACAAGCCGGCUGUCAUCUUCAUCGACGAAAUCGACGCCCUCUGCUCGCCUCGUGGCGAAGGCGAUUCCGAGGCAUCGAGGCGUAUCAAGACGGAGCUGCUCGUGCAAAUGGACGGUGUCGGUAAGGACAGCAAGGGUGUUCUAGUCCUAGGCGCGACCAAUAUUCCCUGGCAACUCGACUCUGCUAUUCGACGACGAUUCCAGCGACGUAUUCACAUCGGUCUUCCCGACGCACCAGGCCGCGCGAGCAUGUUCAAGAUCUCAGUUGGCGAUACAGAAACAGACUUGACUCCAAACGACUACAAUGAGUUGGCCAAGUCGAGUGAGGGAUACUCGGGCAGUGACAUUGCGAACGUGGUACAGCAUGCGUUGAUGAGACCAGUGGCGAAGAUUGUGCAGGCGACGCACUACAAGGAGAUCAUGGUGGACGGUGUAAGAAAACUGACACCAUGCUCACCCGGGGACCCAGCGGCGAAGGAGAUGAGCUGGCAUGAUGUACAGUCGGAGGAGCUUGAGGCGCCAUCAGUGGAUGUGAAGGACUUCAAGAACGCUCUGAAGGAGACGCCACCAACCGUCUCCAUGACAGAUGUUGUUGCGCAUACGAAAUGGACGCAGGAGCUUGGAAGCGAGGGCGCAUGAUGUGGCAUGCUGCUCAACGAGGGUCGGGCCAGCCGUGGUUUUGGCCACAUGAAAUACGAGCAUCUCAAGCUUUCACGACAACCUGAUUGGGCCUGCUAGCGCGAGACACUUUGAUUUCAGUCUAGGUAGGUCAUCAUGACAAGUCGCGUUGAGAUGGUGUCAGCAUAUGGGCAGAGGACGGCGUCUUGGGGCGUUACUUGUCUGCUGGGAGGUGCCUUGGUGUUAGCGACUUGCAUAGCGGCUGUGUGUCGCGCAGGGCCCUGUAUGUAUGUUCUUUACUGCGAUACUCCAGCUCUCGAAUCGUGCAGAUCAAAUCACUGUACACGUAACACAUGAACGAAGAGAAGAGGCGCGGUCGAAGUUUCUGAACUCGUUGAUAUGGGUAUGAACCUUCGUCAGACUGUACAUACACGACACAAUGCAAACAGUGCCCUCAAACUCCCAUGCCGAAAAACCAUUUGAACUCCGGGAUCCAGACAACAGACAGACAAGCCGAGUGGAGGAGAGAGCCGCCGGGACCGUAUACCCUGCAGGUCCGUACAGCAAACUCUCCAGCGGCGCCAAAAAGAGGAAAAAGAGCAAGUCCACCCGUUGUUAGCAGCUGAUGCCUUCCUAAUCAUCGUGCUUGGACUUCUUCUUCUUCUUCUUCUUCUUUUCGCCGUCCUCGACCGGCGCGGGCUCGGCGGCACCGACCUCGGACUCGCGCUUGCGCUUCUUCUCCUUCUUGUCGGACUUGUCCUUCUUCUCCUUCUUGGACUUCUUCUUGUCCUUCUCGACCUCGCCAGCCACGGGAGCAGCCAUCAUAGACUCGUCGAGCUGCAUGUCGUCGCCCUCAACAAUGUCCAGGACAGAGGCCUUGAAAAUAGUUAGCAAUGUGUGACAAUCACAAAGCAGAGCACAUGUACGUACCA